CCCUCCGGUGUCCUGCAGGCACAGCUCCUCGGCGGGGCCCAGGCUGAUGGCAGGUCUUAACGUGUCCCUCUCCUUCUUCUUUGCCACCUUCGCCCUCUGUGAGGGGGCCAGGCGGGCCUCCAAGGCCCUGCUCCCAGUGGGCGCCUAUGAAGGCUUGGCCCGGGAGGUGAUGAGGAUGCUGGUUGAGCUCGGGCCCUGGGCUGGGGGCUUCGGGCCUGACCUGCUGCUCACCCUGCUCUUCCUGCUCUUCCUGGCACAUGGGGCCACCUUGGACGGGGACUUGGCCAACCCCACCGUGUCCCUGCAGGAGUUCCUCAUGGCCGAGGCGUCUCUGCCUGGCACUCUGCUGAAGCUGGCGGCCCAGGGGCUGGGCAUGCAGGCCGCCUGCACCCUGACGCACCUCUGCUGGGCCUGGGAGCUCAGCGACCUGCACCUGCUACAGAGCCUCAUGGCCCAGAGCUGCAGCUCGGCCCUGCGCACAUCUGUGCCCCACGGGGCGCUUGUGGAGGCCAUCUGCGCCUUUUGUUUCCAUCUGAUCCUCCUGCACCUGCGGCACAGUCCUCCCGCCUACAGGGUGCCCGCCGUGGCUCUGCUGGUCACCGUCACGGCCUACACAGCCGGGCCUUUCACGUCCGCCUUCUUCAACCCUGCCCUGGCCACCUCUGUGACCUUUGGCUGCUCAGGACACACCUUACUGGAGUAUGCCCAGGUGUACUGGCUGGGCCCUCUGACAGGGAUGGUCCUGGCUGUGCUGCUGCACCAGGGCCGGCUUCCCCGCCUUUUCCAGAGGAACCUGUUCUACAGCCAGAAGAACAAGUACCGAGCACCCCGAGGGAAGCCGGCCCUGGCCUCGGGGGACACCCAGACCCCUGCGAAGGGGUCCAGUGGCCGGGAGCCUGGGCGCCGCAGUGUUGACGGGCCACAUUCCAGCUGAGCAGCCUUGCUCUGUGUGAGCCCCGUGUGAGGACCGUGCUAAGAGGGAACCCAGCCACUCCCCUA